AUGACCAAUACAACUGUCGAUUCUCCAACUUCAUCUCGGAUUCAAGUGGCUGACCCAAUAGUCAUUGAGUCCGACCCAAAACCUACCUUCGGCGAGAUACGAACACUGAUCUUCUCCGGGCAGAACUACAACUUUUGGCGGAUCAAGAUGAUGACGAUAUUCAGAGCGCAUGACCUUUGGAAGCUGGUGGAGAAAGGUUUCGAGGUGCCAGAAGACGAAGACUCUCUCACCCCGACGGAGCAGAAGACAUUAAAGCUUAACUACAUGAGGGAUGCCAAAGUCCUUGGGUUGAUCCAAAUGUCGUCUCCGACUCCAUCUUCCCCAGGAUCUCCAACGAGGAGACAGCAAAGGCGGCGUGGGGCAUCCUCCGAGAAGAGUAUCGUGGAAGUGAAAAGAUGUAACAAAUCAAAGAGUAGUUCAAAAAAAUUUAUUUCUCUCUCUAGUAGAUAUGACUCCAUUGUAAGUGUGAUAGAAGAAACAAAAGAUAUGGAGAAGCUUUCAUUACAAGAGGCAAUCGCAUCCAUCAAGGCGUUUGACCAAAAGCUUGAGAAGAGGAAUGAAGCUUCUACCAUGGAGAGAGCCUUCCAAAGCUUCAACAUGAGCUCAAAUCAACAACAGAGCCAGAAGCAAAAGAAGAAGAAGAAAGGAGGCAAGCCCAAUUUUGCUCCAAAGCCUCAACAACAACAACAAAGUGGUAACUCCCAACAAGGUAGCAAAUCCGCAUGUAGAACUUGCGGCAAGUCUCAUCAAGGGAAGUGUUGGUUCGAGGGGAAGCCCAAGUGCACCAACUGCUCCAGAUUUGGGCAUACCAAAGAGUAG